GUUUUAAUAAAAAAAAAUUUUUUUCCUUUUCUAGCCAAAAUUUGACUUUCCUUUUUGGGCUUUUUUUAAUUUAUCUGACAAAAGAUCUCAAAAAAUGCGUGAAAUCGUCCAUAUCCAAGUUGGCCAAUGUGGUAACCAAAUUGGUUCCAAGUUCUGGGAAGUCAUUUCGGAUGAACACGGAAUCCAGCCUGAUGGAUCUUACAAGGGAGACUCUGACUUGCAAUUGGAACGGAUCAAUGUUUACUACAAUGAGGCUCAUGGCGGAAAGUAUGUCCCGCGUGGUAUUCUUGUUGACUUGGAGCCGGGAACGAUGGACUCGAUUAAAGCUGGACCAUAUGGAGAACUCUUCCGUCCUGACAACUUUGUCUUUGGCCAGGGCGGUUCAGGAAACAAUUGGGCCAAAGGACAUUACACUGACGGCGCUGAGUACGUUGACAAUGUUUUGGAUGUGGUCAGAAAGGAAGCGGAGGGAUGUGAUUGUCUUCAAGGAUUCCAAAUGACUCACUCGCUUGGCGGUGGAACUGGUUCUGGAAUGGGGACUUUGCUGCUUGAGAAGAUUCGACAGGAGGGCAAUCCCGGAGAAUUGGGGUCCCUGCGGAAAAAAAUCUUAAAAAUAAGAAAAAGGAUUUUUCUAGGGUAA